CUCGCUAUGCACACACGAAACACACAAACCUCCGCAAAAAAGUGGAAUGGCGACAGUGGCACCUCGUAAAUUAAAACUAUGCCCGAGGACAAAAUCGUCUUUUGAAGCAGCCAGUUAUCCGCGAUGCCCCAAAACGAUUUGUAAUUACGCAGCUAACAACCAAAACAUCAAGACCUCGCCUCCGAUCUCUCUCUCACUACUCUCUCUCUCCGUGUCCCAAAAUUUUCCAAUUUCUUCUUCACUUUUUCUCUUUUCCUUCCCCACAAAUUUCAUUUUUUCAAUUUCAUUUUUUUCCCAAAAAUAUUAUUUUCGCACUUGUGCCAAUGCUAUUAUAAUAAAUAAAUCGAGCAGCGCUGUAUGCGAAGAUAGAUUCCCCAUUUUUGUUCCGCCGCAAUCGAGCGAUCUGAGAGGGGUCAAAGUCUUCGGACUGCAAACCGUCGAUUUUCCGGCGUCGGUUUUUGAAAGUUUCCGGUUAGCUUUUUGUAGUCGGAUUGGAAUCGAGGGAGUUUGAAUUAGGGCAAAAGUUCUGAAUUAGGGUUUCGGAGUGUUAGGCAGUUUUUUGUCAGUUCUUUUAUUUGGGUGAGUGAACUCUCGCGCAUUUCUAGGGUUCAUCAUUGAUUUUGUUUUUCGCCUGUUGUUUGGUUGAAUUGAUAAUUCCAGUAGGCUAGCUUUUUUUGGGCGGCCGGAGUGUGAACAGAGAGGGCCUGGGGUUCGUGAAUAAUUAGGUUUGGUUUGGACAAGUUGUAGAUAUGCCCAGGAGUUCGAGGCACAAAUCGCACAAACAGAGCAAACACAGCUCAAGGGACUAUUCGGACUCCGAAGAGGAUGUAGUGAAGAUGAAAGAGAAAAGUAGUAAAGAUGAUUCGGUUCGGGCUCAUCGGGAUUCAGCAUCUGGUGAGAAGAGAAAGGUUUCAUCUCAGGUGCGGGAAGGCAAGGACAGUAAAGAUCUGAGCGGCCACGGGAAUGGCGAUGCCUUGGAGGAGUAUGUUUCAUCCAAACGACGGAAGGAGAAAACUGAUGUCGCCAUUGGCGGAGAUCGUUGGAAUGGGGGUGGAGAUGAGAGAGGGGAUAAUGACAGGAAUGCGGAGAAGGAUAUUCAUAAAGGUGAGAACUUGAAAGUUGAUAGUAAAGGAAAGGAAAACAGUGGCAAAGGUGAGAGCUUGAGAGUUGAUUCAAAGAGUAAGAGUAAACGCUAUGAGAGCGGAAAUGCUGGUGAGAGAAAAGAAGACAGUUUGACAUCUGCACUGGUGGACAGAGAGGAGAGUAAGAGCAAAGGGGAAUCAAAGCGGAAAUCUGAGAGGGAUUCUUCUUCGCGUAAAGAAGUGUUGAAGGACAAGGACCGCAGGUCGGACAAGGAGAAAAAUGGCGGUCAGGAGAGCAAGGGUGGUGAUGCUGAGGUGAAAAUAGUGGAUUUAGAUGUCGGGAAAAAGCAAGGGCCACUGCCUGGAGAUUUUAUUGAGGAGAGACAGGGGAAACGCGCACGAGAAAAUACUGAGCGUGUGUUACUGGACGAGUUGCGAAAUCCGGACUUGGAGAAGGACAUUGAGAAAAGGAUACGCAGGAAAAGAGAAGGUUCCAGUGAAAGAGAGAAACAUUAUGAUGAUGGUAAAGAAGGUGGUGAGAGACGAUCAUCAUCAAAAGGUGAUCGUGCGAAGGAUGUAAAAUUUAGAGAUGACAAGCACAAGGAUGGAGUUUAUACUGAUAAGUAUCAGGAAGAUGGCUACAAAGAUGACAGGAGGAGGGAUGAGAAGUACCGCGAAGAUGCUGAUAAGGAGUAUAAAUAUCAAGAUGAUAAGUAUCGAGAAGAUGGUGAGAAGGAUGCUAGACGUAGAGAUGAUAGGCAUCGUGAGGACAGUGAUAGGGACAGUAGACGCAAGGAUGAUAGACAUCGUGAGGAUGGAGAACGGGAUAGUAGGCGGAAGGAUGAAAAGUAUCGUGAAGGCGCUGAAAGAGAUGGCCGUCGGGAUGAUAAGUAUUAUGAGGAUGGGGAUAGAGACCAUCGACGUAAGGAUGAUCACUAUCAUGAAGAUGAUGACAAGGAUAGUAGGCGCGGGGAUGAGAGGUAUAUUGAGGAUGGCGAUGAUAGGCGCAGGGAAAAUAUUUAUAGGGACGAUGUUGAUAAAGAUAAUAGGCACAAGGAUGAAAAAUAUCGAGAAGACACUGAAAGAGACACCCGCCAUAAGGAUAGUAAGCAAGGAGAUGGAUAUGAUAGAGAUAAGAGACCAAGAGACGGUAAGUAUAGGGAUGAACGGACAACAAGAGAUCGCUCUGGUGAUAAGUCUGACCUUAAGCGUUCUAGGGACGAUAGCUCUGCUGUGGAUCAUUAUGCUAGAAAAUCAAGUGCAUAUGAUGAUAGUCCAACCCAUGAUGAUCGAGCGGCCAGGUAUCGAGAUGAUCAAGGCAGGAGAAGAACUAAUGAAAAGGACGAAUAUGGCGAUAUUAAAUCUCGAGGCACAAAGGAUCAAAGAUCUGAUGCUGAAAGGAAGAGUACAAGCAGUGCAAGAACGGAUUUGGCUACUGAUAGAGUUAGGUCCGCAUCCAGAAAUGCUGAUUUGGAACUUACAUCGAGCCAUGGUAGACGGCGGAGUUCACCCCCCUCAAAUUCUCAUACACCGAGGGAUCACCACAGGACCCUGAAGCAAGAUGACUCCAAGUAUAGAGACUAUAAUUAUGAAGAUAGAAUUCGACCUUCAACAAGAGAUCAUGCUGGUGCUGUUGGAGGAUCUGAGAAGACUUCUUCAUCUCGGUCAGUUGAGAAGCUUGGUCAAAGAGAUGAUGGCCAUUUCGGAGAGCUUUCUGCUGAAAGACGUCUCAAGUCUGAUAUUCGAUCUUCACCCUUGCAGCUAGUAGAUAAAUCUCCAUCAUCGAGUAGUGACAGGAGACAGUUCAGUAGGCCUGAUGUUAGACGGAGUGUUGAUAUUGAAGAAUCAACGCAGAGAAGUGGUGGUUCUCGAGAUUGGAAGGAGUACACUGGUAAAGAUGUAAGGGGAAAUCGAGAUGCCAUGGAUGUACUUCCUGGAGAUGAAUUUUUACAAGGGGAUACAGAUACUUUAUCUAUUUCUUCGCCUUUCACAAGAACUGGCCAUUUCUCCAGCGGUUCUAAGCCAAUGCCGCCACCUCCCCUCUUCAGGACAGGUGUAGAUAGCCCUUUAGGGUCGGGCCCAGGUGAUGAUGAUGGUAGAGGUAAAUCAGGCAUCCGUCAUAGGAGGGUCGGUGAUCCCAACAUGGGUAACAUGGGUAGAAUUCAAGGAAGUCCUUGGAGAGGUGUUCCAAGCUGGCCUUCUCCUGUGGCAAAUGGUUUCUUGCCUUUCCCACAUGCUCCGCCUCCUGUGGGUUUUCAUUCAGUUAUGCAGCCAUUUCCUGCUCCACCAAUGUUUGGAGUCAGGCCAUCUUUAGAGUUAAACCAUCCUGGUGCUUACCAUAUGUCUGAAGCUGAUAGGUUUUCUGGUCCUGGGCGUCCAAUGGGAUGGCGCAAUCAGGUGGAUGAUUCCUGCCAUCCAUUACAUGGUUGGGAUGCUAGUAAUGCUGUGUUUGGAGAAGAGUCUCACAUUUAUGGGAGAUCAGAUUGGGAUCAUUCCAGAAACUUACCUGGUAGUCGAGGCUGGGAUGCUGGUGGAGAUUUCUGGAAGGGACCAAACAGAACUGGAAGCAUGGAAGUCCCAUCUUCUGAGAAAGAGAAUAACUCUGUUCGAAGUGGAGAUGAAACUUUGGGGAGCCAGUCUACUCAGGCUGCUAUAAAUGAGCAAAAUCAAGUUGAUCAGCAGGCAGAUAGCACAGAUAUUAGGCAGCCAAUAAAGAGCUCCAAAAAGAAUGAAACUGAGGGUAGUUUAGAGGAUACUGGUGACGUUGAUAAAAUUUUGAGAAAGGAUGAUGUGCGCCGAUUCCAUGUUUACCUUUCCAAACUUGACAUUUCUGCUGAUCUUUCUGAACCUGAUUUACUUGAUAAGUGCAAAGACUUGAUUGAUAAAGAGCAGAGUAUAUCAUCUGAUGUAGGUGAAUCUAAAAUUUUAUAUAUUGAGGAUUUGGAAGCCGAGGUGGUAUCUCAAAGACUUCUGAAUUAUGUACUAUUUGGAUCUAAUGAUGAUUCUGUUUUUCAGAAAUCUAUGUCCCUCUACAAGAGGCAGAAAGAACACUUUCAGGCUGAAGAUGCUGAGAAACUCGAAGUCUCAAGUGAUUCUAUUCCUAAUUCCAAUCUGGAGAAUGUGACCGUGCUAGACGACAAAACUGAGAAGCUGCCUCCAGUUGAUGAAAUGCAAGUUGUGGAGGAUGAUGCUCUUCCAAACUUUGAUAUCGAGGAAGAUCCUAAAAAUGGUAUGAAGAAUGAUGAAGGGCAUGCAGAAACCAACAUACCUGUUGGCUCUCCUUUAAGUGAAAAAAUGGAGGACUCUGUUUCUGCCUCAGAACAUAUCAAUGUAGAGAUGAAUCCAGUGCUUGAUCUGGGGCCAGAGGAGCAUGAUGUCAAGGAGAUGCCUUUGGCAGCUGAAGAUAUUGAAGGCUCGCGUGCUCCACUGCCACCACCAGAAACGAAAGAUUUGGCUGCAGAAUCCGGUAGUAGCAACGAAGAAGUGAAACUGGUAGAUACUACUAAGUGUGAACCCUUGCUUAAUUCUGAUAUGUUCUCAGAGACAUCUGAGGCUAUGAUGCCAGAGUCAAUCGUGACUGGGUCAGUCAAUUUGAGUUGGAUACAUCAUUCUCCUGAAAGUACACAUUGAGACGAUUUAAUUUUUCUGAGGUUUUUGAAAUGACUUUGGUAAUUUCUUAAUCUUCGUUUUCGAUGUGGUUGCUGCUAGUUAAUCAAUAAAACUCUCUGGUUCAUCUA